AGCUCCUCCUACAUAGGGGGGACACUGGCUUUGACGUAAUCGUAAUGAUUGGCGAAAAGAAGAGUCUUUUACGAAAAGAUUGAUUGAUCGGGGGUUAGCCCGUGUUCCUCCAAUAGUGUCUAAAAACGGCGUUUUGUGGGCGUUAGUUCCUGUAUUACGUUUCUAGUGACAUUUUUUUUCUCUUCAGUGGAUAGAGGCUCAGUAUUAAUAUGUGUGUGUGUGUGUGGGGCUGUUUGGACUGAUGUGAGAGAGGGGAUGUUGGAGCACUUGUGGACUUGUAUGUGGACUUGUGGACCUUCUGGACCAUGGGCUUGCUGUAACACACACAGCACAGUGAGGAGUAGCACAGGAACCCUGGCUGCAGCACUCUUGGCUGUAAAAGCUUCAGCUUCAGUGGAGGAUUGGAGAUUUAUGAUAAAGACUGAUGAGAAGCCAGUAUCUGCACUAUCAUAUCACUAUCAAACAGGAGGAACCUAACCAGCGCGGGUCAUGGCCAGCAGCCGACAGCCAGCUGACCUCACCCUGGCCUGGGAGAAGUAUAUGGACUGUCGUGCCCAGGGAGCAGAUCUACAGGUCAGUCUGCAGUAUUUGGAAAGCUUCCUGUGUCGGUUCCACUGUGUGCAACACCUCAAUGAUCCAGGGGUAAAGGAUGCCCUCAAGUUCUGCUCAGACAUGAGCGGCGCCAGUAACACUCUGGCAAGGGAGUUCCUGACAGAUGUACACCAGCUCUGUAGUGCUGUGGCUCAGCAGGCCGAGGCCCAGAGGGAGGAAGAAGAGGAGGAGAGUCACAUGGUGGCGCUGGGAGAGUACCUGGUCAGAGGCCGUGGCUUUCUUCUGUUAAGCACCCUGGAUUCUGUCAUCGAUCAGGAGCUGACAUGCCGGGAAGAGCUGCUCACACUCCUGUUAUCUCUGCUGCCACUCGUCUGGAAGAUUCCCGUUCAGGAAGAGAGAGCCCCAGAUUUCACCCUGCCGUCACUCCUGGACGUGUACCUGAGCCGAGAGGAAAAAGCCGGAACUCUCAAGGUGGGAAAGGAAAAGGCUGGUUCUGAUGCUCAUAACUCCGGAAGGCAUUCAUCUGGGAGUUUAAAGUCACGGCAUUCACGUAGGACUGCUCAGCGGUAUUCCGUGAGGGAUGCGUGCAAGUCUCAUCUUUCCACUUCAGACUCUGAAGCUAAUUCAGAUGAUAAGGCUGCAGGGACAGGAACGAGACAUCGUAGGUCCCAUGGUUCAUCGUUUCGCGUUAGCUGCCAGCACCACCGGUCUGUUAUUCCAGAGCAGCAGCAGCAGCCACCGUUGCAGUAUCCUAGUACGGACACUAUGAGCACUCUAGAAAGAUCUCAGCCUCAUUUGAGGCUCUUUGGAUCCCUUCCAGUCGAUAAUGAAACACUAACUGACCCCACAGCCCUUUCUAUUUUAAACCGUAUGGAAAAUUCCCCCUUUGACCUUUGCCAUGUUUUACUUUCUCUGUUGGAAAAGGUUUGCAAAUUUGAUAUGACCAUCAAUCACAGCCCAGGCCUGGCAGGUAGUGUUGUUCCCACGCUUACGGAAAUCCUUACAGAGUUUGGUGACUGCUGUGGACCUGGAAGCGGCGGUGGAGGGGUGGAUGAACUGGCUGGAGGCUGGACAGAGGAACCGAUUGCCCUUGUACAACGGAUGCUGUUGCGUACUAUUCUGCACUUGAUGUCCGUGGAUGUGGGUCAGAGCGAGGCACUACCAGAUAACCUACGCCGAAGCCUGACUGACCUUCUUCGGGUUUCUUUAAAGAUCCGUACCUGUCUGGAAAGACAGCCUGACCCCUUUGCUCCCCGACCCAAAAAGACCCUGCAGGAGGUGCAAGAGGACUUUAGCUUCUCUAAGUACCGUCACCGGGCCCUGCUUCUGCCAGAACUCCUUGAGGGGGUCCUUCAGCUUUUGCUUAGCUGCUUGCAAGCCUCUGUUCCGAAUCCUUUCUUCUUCAGUCAAGUUCUUGACCUGAUUCAUGAGUUUGUGCAGCACCGUGGUCUUGAGCUGUUUGAAAGUACUUGCCUUCAUCUUGAAGUGCUAGGUGGUGCACGGGACUCUGAAAUUGGGGAUGAAGCCUCAGAGCGCUUGCGUGGCCUCAUUGCAGGUGUGCUAAAGAUAAUCAGUGCGGUGAAGAAGGCCAAAUCGGAGCAGUUACACCAGUCUGUGUGUGCACGCCGUCGUCACCGGCGCUGCGAGUACUCCCAUUUCCUUCAUCAUCAUCGUGACCUCUCAGGACUGCCAGUCUCUGCCUUCAAGCAGGCAACCAGACGCAACCCUUUUGAGGAGGAAACGGAAGGCAGCAACGUCCAAGUCUGCUACCCUGAACGCUGCUGCUGCCUGGCAGCCUGUUCGCACCAGUGCCUGCGCCUCCUCCAACGCCUGUCGCCCUCAGGUCCCGCAGUUCUGCAGAUGCUUGCUGGUGUGCAGGCUGUGGGAAUUUGUUGCUGCAUGGAUCCACACUCGGUUGUUGGUCCUCUACUUCGAGCGUUCCAGGCCCCGGGACUGCGAAACUAUCAGACCCAUGUGCUGAAUGUGCUUAGCAGGCUAGUGCUGGAGCAGCUUGGAGGUGGGCAGCACUCGGAGAAGGCCAAGCUUGCGUCAUGCAACAUCUGCACCCUGGACAGCAGCCAGAUACCUGGCAUUGAAGAGACAUUGCAGGGCUGUGUGUCAGGAAAAGAGAGCACCUCAUCCACCUCCCCUUACCCCUCCUACUACUCUCAAGGUGUCCUGCCAAGUACAGGGUCUGAAGACAUGCUCUGGAAAUGGGAUGCAUUAAAAGCUUACCAGGAAAUAGUAUUUGGUGAAGACUGGCAGUUGAGUCAACAGAUUGCCAGUCAUGUGUGCCAGCUGACCUUGCGGGGCAAUCCAGUGAUCCAGUGGCAACUGUACACUCACAUUUUUAAUCCUGUACUUCAGAGGGGUGUAGAACUAGCCCACCAUGCCCAGCAACUUGGUGUGUCCAGUACAUGUUCCCAGGCCUGCAGUUACCACACUCAGUGCUUCCCAGUCGAGGUGCUGCUCGUUUAUCUUCAGACGCUACCUGCCUUACUCAGGUUAAGCACAGUGGUACAGGACCUGUUCUUAAGCUGUAAUGGCCUGAACCAGAUCACAGAGUUGAUCUAUCUGGACUGCACUCGACCGUGGGCACUGAAGGUGUUCGAGACUUUGAUCUUAAGUGGCUGUGAUCAGCAGGCGAACAUUGUUCUUCAGGAGCUGGGGAGAGCUGAAGACCAAGAGAGAGAGGCUGUUCUCGGCCUUGCAGAGGACUUGGGUUCUCGCGGGACGGGCGAUGGUCCGCAGAGCCUCAGCAAAUUCUACGAGGGCCUAAAAGAUGCAUGUCCCCACAGCCGGGGCAAAAGUGGGAUGAGUGGCGGGAUGGGACGCAGUCAUGGAGAAGCGCAUUUGAACACCAUUAAUCUUUUCCUGUGCGUGGCGUUUCUCUGCGUUAGCAAGGAAGCUGACUCUGACAGGGACUCCGCAAACGACUCUGAGGAUACAUCUGGAUAUGACAGUACAGCCAGCGAGCCCCUGGGUGGACGUUUGCCCUGCCUGUCCCCGGACAGCGUGGCACUGCCCUCUAAGGAGCAGGUGAGACGGGCAGCGGAUGUUUGGUCUGUAUGUCGCUGGAUCUACCUGGCCAGUCCUGUGUUCCAGAGACAGUUCUUCAGGCUGGGCGGCUUGGAUGUCUGUUGCCGGCUCAUGACUAUGGUCAUCCAGAAACUUACCUCCAAAACCAAAGAUGGUAAAGCUAAGAAAAAGAGAGACGGGAAGGGCAAAGCUAGCCCGUCUCAUUCGGACUCUCCAGCUGUGACGUCGUUGCAGACAGAAGCACUGGGGUCACGUGAGACCCACCAGCUGGACCUCAGCAAUUCAUUCAGUUUUAGUCUGGAGGGGAAGAGCAAGGACCCCGCAUACAAGCUGGAACAGGAGUGGCCACUACAGAGCAUUCGGCUCCUGGAAGCCCUUCUGGCUAUCUGCCUCCACAGUGCUAAUUCAGCCCUACAGAAACUCGAGCCAGAUCUCUCAUUCCAGCUUCAGUCAGUGGAGGACACUCUGAGUGAGGUGAAGGAUCAGCUGUCCCGUUCUGCUGUGGUGAACUCUGACCUGGCGGUUCCUCUGUUUGAUUCUCUGUUGCGGGUCGCUCGGGCCGAGGUGUGCAGCACUCCGGUUUCCACUGAGGAGAAGGCUGAGAGGAAGUGUACAGGGAGCUUUGAGCCGCCGGCUGCAGCAGGGGACCUGUCUGAGGAGGCGGAUGAGGUUCAGGUGUGUGGAGUUCAGUCGCCAGGAGAGGAGGAAGGAUACGAAGCUGAUAGUGAGAGUAACCCUGAGGAUUCUGCCCAGCCCGAAAAAGGUGUGAAGGUGGAGGUGUCGGCCUCACUGGGAGAAUGUACAUUUGGGCCCACCGGUGUGGCCCCGGGCCCUGGCCAAGGCCUGCUGCUCUUCCCAGAGAUCUGCCUCAUGGAGCUCCAGCUUCUGGCCAGCAGUUCACCAGACCUGGAUGUGCUGGGCCAUGUACUCCACAGCCUGCUGGAAGCUGUGCGAGGGCACCAUUCCAACGCAACAAUGAUGUACCAACAGGGAGGUGUGAAAUGCAUUCUGACUGGCUUUCAGAGCAUUCUCAGCCAAUCAGAUCCUUCCUAUAAAGAUUGCCAAGCUGUCCUGGUGGAGCUGCUGGUUGCGAUGGUGAGCAAAAGGAUAACAGCAGAGGAGCUGGCUUUACUGAUCGGCCUCUUCCUGGACAAAAAUCCUCCCACUGAGAUCUUGUUGGAUGGGAUUCUUCAGAUGGUGGAGGCUAAUGCAGAAACAGAGCCCCUGCACCAUCUAUCCUUCCCCAUGCCUCUGAGCAUCAGUGCCCCGAACACCAGCUCCUCCAUGGGCCUGAGGACCAACGGGGCGGCCGGAGCCAGAGCAGGGGUGGGCAUGCUGUGGAGGGGCAAGCAGUCUCCAGGCCGAGGGGAGGGUGAUGUUCGGCCGGGGCACCCUGGCCUGCGUGCCUCCCCCUGGCAUAUCGCUCCUCUCCACCUUCCCUUGGUAGGACAGAACUGCUGGCCACACAUGGCCAGUGGCUUCAGCGCCUCACUCUGGAUAAGGGCUGUGAAGAACGAGGAUGAGGAGGGACAAUCACACGGAGAUGAGGAGGUGAUCCGAGUUGAAGGGGUCCAGCGUGGAGCUGCUCAGCCGGUGGAACAGCAGGGAGAUAAAGGUCUGCUGCAUGUGCUCUCCAUGGGCUCUAAAGCCCUGAUGCUGCAGGUCUGGGCAGACAUCUCUACGGGAACCUGCACCUUCAGGAUCUGCAUCGAUCCCAAUGAUGAGAUGAAGGCUGGUCUGCUGGCUCAGACUGAAUCUGGUGAGGGAGUGCUGACUGCAGGCAGAUGGCAGCACUUGGCUCUUACCUACACACAGCAACCUGAGGGCAAGAAGAACGUCCAUGGCCGGCUGGUACUCUGGGUGUGUGGCAUCAAGAAAUGUGAGGUCUCGCUAGACUACACCCUCCCCAGGAAGUCCAGUCUGUCUUCUGAGAGUAACAAGACCUUCUGCAUGCUGGGCCACUGUCUAUCCUCCUCAGAAGAGCUGCCCCGGCCCGUGACCCCUCGACUGGACAUGGGCACCUUGCUUCUGUUUAAUGGAUCCAGAAUAAACACUGAGGAGGCCUUUUACCUGUACGCCAGUGGACCUGACCUCUCUUCUAUCAUGCCCUGCAAGUACGGCACGCCCAGUGGGACACUGUCCAAGUACGUCACUCAGGAGGGUCUCCAGUGUGAGCAGAUACGGGAGCUGCUAAUGAGGAGUACUGAAGUAGACACAUCGCCUCUUACUGAGAGUCUGGCGGUGGUCUAUUCUCCUAGUUGUCCGUCCGUCUACACCAUCUACGAGCCGGUCAUCCGUCUGAAGGGUCAGGCCAAGUCUCCAGUAGUGUCUCAGAGGCCUUUCAGUGCUAAAGACGUCCAGAGCUCAGUGCUGGAACCCUCCUCUCUCAGGACCCUGCAGGCCUCCCAGCCCUGCGGCCUCCACAGCAGCCUGCAUAAGAUCGGCGGCACGGGCGCCUUCGUCUUCCUCUUCGCUCGGGUGGUGGAGCUGAGUGAGUGCGAGCGGACUCAGGCUCUAGCUCUGCGGGUUCUGCUGUCUCUGGUGAAGCACAAUCAGCAUCGCACUCAUGAAAUGGAAUGCUACCAUGGCUACUCUAUGAUCCACCAAGUCCUCAUUAAGACCAAGUGCAUUGUGGGAUAUCAUAUCCUAAAGACUCUGCUGGAUGGCUGCUGCAGUGGCUCAGUGCUGACCGUGGGUGAGGACGGCCAGUGGCAUCUGGAUACUGAAUCUUCUGCUGUGGUGCAGGAUCUCAGACUCCUCUCUGAAAUUCUGCUGGACUGGAAGAUCUGGGCUAAAGCUCAGAGUGGAGUCUGGGAGACCUUACUGGCUGCUCUGGAGAUCCUAAUCAGAGUGCACCAUCCACAGCAAACCUUCAACAUCCGGCAGCUCCUUAAAGCUCAGGUCGUGCAUCGCUUCCUGCUCUCCUGCCAGGUCCUGCAGGAGAAUCGUGAUGAGCAUCUCACUUCCAUUCCUCAGGAAGUUUGCCUUUCAUUUGUCAAAAUCAUCCAGGAAGUGUUGGGCUCACCCCCUGACCUGGAUCUGCUGCGACUGCUCUACAACUUCCUGCUGGCUGUACAUCCGCCCACAAACACAUACGUCUGCCACACUCCCUCCAGCUUCUACUUCUCCCUGCACAUCGAUGGAAAACUCUACCAGGAGAAGGUCCAGUCCAUGAUGUACCUGCGUAACUCCAGCAGUGGGGGAAAGUCUGCCUGCAGCUCAGUGCUCUCUCUCUCCCCGACGCCCUUCGCUGAAAUACGACCUGAAGGACACCAGCCUCCUUCUCCAGAUCAUGCAGGUGAUGAGCUCUCUGUACCUCCUCCCAGCUCCACCCCUUCCCCUUACUCCUCCCCUGCCCUCGCUGCCCGUCCGGUUCGCAGCGGCUCAGCUGGCCGGCCCGAGCCCGAUGAGGACGUGUCCCUGGCUACCCAGCAGGUUCUGGGCAGCACAGAGACACUGAAGAGGGGUGAAGAUGAGCACCUCCUCAGCAGCUGCGAGUCAGCCAAGACCAUCUGCGAGGCUGAGGACGUGGACCGGGUGGAGGACGCCCCUCGUACCCCAUCCAUCAGCUUGGAGGAGGAACCAGACGCUCCAGCGGACAGCUCAGCAGAGGGCAGUGCCAUCACCGAGUCGGAGGAACGCAUACAUUUGGCUGGAGAUGAAGCACCACGGCGACCCGACAGCCUUAAAGGAAUCCAGUCCUUUCAGAGGAGCCAGAGCGACCUGGCCAGCCUGGGCCUGGCGUUCCCUGCCCAGAACGGCUCACUGGCCAUCGCCCGCUGGCCCAGCGUGACUGACCGUGCCGCUCCAUCAGAUGACUGGGAGAGCUACACCUACUCACCAGGCUAUGACCGGGCACACAGCAAGGCUGAUUCCACCAGUGACAGGUCAGGUACCGAGGACUGCCUGGUGCUGAUCUGCUGUGGGCUGUAUGAGCUGCUGAGGGGCGUCCUGCUCCUGCUUCCAGACCUCAUGCUGGAGGAAGUGAUGGAUAAACUGAUCCAGCCAGAGGCUUUAAUUGUUCUGGUCAACCACUCCUCACCCCUUAUACAACAGGGGGUCAUAAAGCUGCUGGAUGCGUACUUCAGCCGAGCGCAGAAGGAACAGAAAGAGAAAUUCUUGAGAAAUCACGGAUUUUCUCUGCUGGCCAAUCAGCUGUACCUGCAUCAGGGCACUCGGGCCGUGCUUGAGUGUUUCCUCGAGAUGCUGUUUGGCCGACCGGUCAGCCUGGAGGAGGAUCUGGACCUGGAGGACAUGGAAAGCAUCUCUCCGUUCAGGAAACGGUCUGUGGUGCCCAUGCUCGGGCUGCUGGAGAACUCGCUGUAUGAGAACUCUCUGGUCCACAAUGCCAUGUGUGUACUGCUGCAGCUCCUGAACACCUGCCCGAAACUGGCCGACAUCCUGCUGGACCACGGCCUGCUCUACGUGCUCAUCAACACACUGUCCACCCUCAAUGGCCUGGAGAACGGAAUUCCUCCAAAUGACUACAAGCUGCUGGUGUGUGACAUCCAGCAACUUCUGGUGGUGGUGACCAUCCACGCCUGCAGCUCCUCCGGCUCGCAGUAUUUCCGCAUCAUCGAGGAUCUCAUCACCCUGCUGGGCUUCAUGCAGGGCAGCAAAGUACGCCGUACUCAGGAAAUGGCGAUGGCCCUACAGUUCCGUGUCCUCCAGUCAGCCAUCGACUUCAUUAAGACGACAGCCCACCAGGACCCCCAGAAAACAAGCUCGUCUAUUCAGGUCCCGACUUCUCCACAUCACGCUCUCCAUCAGAAACGCAAAAGCAUUGCAGGUUCAUUGGGCCUGAAAGAUUCCAUAAUUCCCCGCAUCCCUCGGCAACACUACUGCUCCUACGGCCAGAUCCCCUUACCCCCUGCAUUCAGUUUCCUGUCCCAGGACUCCCCCAUUCCAUCCCCUACAGGAUCCUGUUCCUUUGUUUUCCCCACUGAUGCAGGCCAGCGGAGGCUCUCGUUAAUACAGUCAGACUCCUUGCUGAUGCGGAUGCGCUCGGUGGCCAGUGAUGAGCUGACCCAGAUGAUGCAGCGCCGGAUGAGCCAGGAGAACCCCAUCAGAGCCAGCGAGACAGAGUUCAUUCAGAGACUGCAGAGGCUCGUCGUCCUGGCUGUCAACAGAAUCAUAUACUACGACAACAGUAAGGACUUUUUUGACCUUCUGAACUUUCCGGAGUCUCCUGAUCACAUGGCGACCACUCCUUUACCUGGUGAGCAGGUAGAUGAGAAUGUCUUCACGCCCCCUGCUCAGUUCCCACUGGCUAAUAUGAGGAGCUUCCAGAAGGACCUGCUAAAGCUGAUGAUGGACGGCAUAAAGAUUGGCCUGGGCAGCGUGGGUCGCGGUGGAGCUCCUCGACAGCAGUGGCGUCGCAUUCUCUGGUCCUGUCGAGACACAUUCAGGGUCCAGAUUGGCCGCCUCCUGGUGCACACCCUCAGUCCGUCACUUCCUCUGGAGGACCGGAAGGAGGCCCUGGAGUUUGUCAAUGAGCAGAACCAUCCGGACAUCCUGAGGGAGAGUCUGAGCCCUGGCCUGGAGCAUGGGCCCAAGCUUGCGCUGUACCUGUAUGAGAUGCUGCAUGACCACAAAGACAGUCUCAGUAAGGAAGAACAGGCUGCUGCAAACACCUUUAUGACCUCACUGAAGCUGUGCGGCCAUCGCUGCAUCCCACCCAACGCCCCACCCAAGCCGGACCUCCUAAAAGCCAUUAAAGAGGAACAGCUCAAAUAUGAGUCUGAGGAAAGAACAAGCAGAGGUGCAUGGGAGAAGAAAUUGUCCAGCGCUCAAAAAAUUCUGAUGCAGAGGCUGGACGGUAAAUCGAAGGACAUUUCCAAGAUCGCUGCAGACAUCACUCAGAACAUCUCUCUGAGACAGGGCAUGGAGAGGAAGAAGGUCAUCCAGCACAUCCGCGGGCUCUACAAGACCGACCUGAGUGCCAGCCGCCACUGGCAGGAGCUGGUGCAGCAGCUCACCCACGACCGGGCGGUGUGGUAUGAUCAGUCAUGUUACCCCACUUCAUGGCAGCUGGACCCGACUGAGGGGCCCAACCGGGAGCGCAGGCGUCUGCAGCGCUGCUACCUCACCAUCCCCAAUAAAUACCUUCUCAAGGACCGCCACAAACCGGAAGACACUGUUAAAGCCUCGCUGGCCUUCUUAUUUGAAGACAAGACCCAUUCAUCGUUUUCCUCCACUGUAAAGGAUAAAGCUACGAGUGAGCCCAUCAGGUUUACACGGAGGUGCAUAAGCGUAGCGCCCUCUAGAGAAACCGCAGGAGAACUGCUGCUGGGGAAAUCAGGGAUGUACUUUGUGGAGGACAAUGCAGCUGAGGCCAGUGACAGUCAGCAGACUCCUCACGGAGAGACCGAGCCCGCCUCUUUCUGCUGGACCUAUGAGGAGAUAAAGGAGGUGCAUAAGCGCUGGUGGCAGCUCAGAGACAAUGCUGUGGAAAUCUUCCUUACUAAUGGGCGAACUCUGCUGCUGGCAUUUGACAACACGAAGUUCCGUGAUGAUGUUUACCACAACAUCCUCACCUCUGAGCUGCCUAAUUUGCUGGAGUAUGACAACAUCAGUGCCCUCACUCAGCUGUGGGGCUCCAGCCAAAUCACCAAUUUUGAGUACCUCACCCAUCUCAAUAAGCAUGCAGGACGUUCCUUUAACGACCUGAUGCAGUACCCAGUCUUUCCUUUCAUCCUGAGAGACUACGUCAGCGAGACCCUGGACCUGCAGGACCCAAAUAUCUACAGAAACCUAAGCAAACCAAUUGCGGUCCAGUCCAAAGAGAAAGAGGACAGAUAUGUGGACAACUACCGGUAUUUGGAAGAGGAGUAUAAGAAGGGUGCCCGCGAGGAUGACCCCAUGCCACCCGUGCAGCCGUACCAUUACGGUUCUCACUACUCCAACAGUGGAACCGUCCUCCAUUUCCUGGUCAGGAUGCCACCCUUCACCAAAAUGUUCCUGGCAUACCAAGACCAGAGCUUUGAUAUUCCCGACCGAACCUUCCACUCCAUGAACACCACUUGGAGACUGUCCUCCUAUGAGUCCAUGACUGACGUUAAGGAGCUCAUCCCAGAGUUCUUCUACCUGCCUGAGUUUCUGGUCAACAGAGAAGGGUUUGAUUUUGGGGUUCGUCAGAACAGUGAACGGGUCAAUCACGUGAAUCUGCCCCCCUGGGCCCGAAACGACCCCCGGCUCUUCGUCCUGAUCCACAGACAGGCCCUGGAAUCGGACCAGGUGUCUCAGACGCUUUGCCAGUGGAUCGAUCUGGUCUUUGGCCUGAAGCAGAAGGGCAAGGCUGCCAUCCACGCCAUCAACGUCUUCCAUCCAGCGACGUAUUUUGGCAUGGACGUGUCGGCAGUGGAGGACCCUGUGCAGAGGCGCGCCCUGGAGACCAUGAUCAAGACAUACGGCCAGACGCCCAGACAGCUGUUUAACGCCACCCACAUCAGCCGGGCUGGACCCAAACUCAUGAUGGAAGGAGAGCUGCCCGCAGCGAUGGGCCUGCUGGUUCAGCUGGCCUUCAGGGAGAGUCGUGAGCAGGCCAAGGAGGUCACCUACCCAAGUCCUCUGCCGUGGAUCAAGGGGCUGAAAUGGGGCGAAUACGUGGGCUCGCCCAGUGCUCCCGACCCAGUGGUGUGUUUCAGCCAGCCCCACGGAGAGCGCUUCGGCUCCCUGCUGGCGCUGCCCACCCGCGCCAUCUGUGGCCUCUCUCGCAAGUUCUGCCUAAUGAUGAUCUACAGCAAAGAGCAGGGAGUCAGAAGUAUGCACAGUACAGACAUCCAGUGGUCGGCCAUACUGAGCUGGGGCUACACAGACAACAUGCUGCGACUCAAGAGCAAGCAGAGUGAACCGCCCAUCAACUUCAUCCAGUGCUCUCCACUGCACCAGGUGACGAGUUGUGCCUGGGUGCCGGACGGGUGCCAGCUGUUUACGGGCAGUAAGUGUGGAGUCAUCACCGCCUACAGCAACCGCUUCUCCACCACCAUGGCCUCUGAGAUGGACGUGGAGUCUCAGGUUCACUUGUAUGGCCACACAGAUGAAGUCACAGGUCUGUUUGUCUGCAAACCUUACAGCAUCCUGAUAAGCGUCAGCCGAGAUGGAACCUGCAUUAUCUGGGAUCUUAAUAGGUUAUGCUACGUACAAAGUCUCACCGGUCAUAAAAGCCCUGUGAACGCAGUGUCCGCAAGCGAGACCACCGGAGACAUCGCUACGGUCUGUGACUCAGUGGGUGGAGGCAGUGACCUGCGACUGUGGACAGUGAAUGGCGAUCUGAUUGGUCACGUACACUGCAGAGAGAUCAUCUGCUCUGUAGCCUUCUCUAAUCAGCCGGAGGGGGUGUCUGUUAAUGUGAUAGCAGGCGGGCUGGAGAACGGGGUUGUGAGGCUGUGGAGCACAUGGGACCUGAAGCCAGUGAGAGAAAUAACCUUUCCCAAGUCCAACAAGCCUAUAAUAAGUCUUACGUUCUCGUGUGACGGGCACCACCUCUACACGGCUAACAGCGAGGGCACGGUGAUCGCCUGGUGUCGGCGGGACCAGCAGCGGAUGAAGCUGCCCAUGUUCUACUCGUUCCUCAGCAGCUACGCUGCGGGCUGACGCCCUGCGGCCCGCCUGCCCUUGUCCUGACUCAGUCCUUCACUGGACAGAAGGAUUCCUCCCGCCUCCAGGAAGUCGAGGGGCGUGCAUGCACCAGACCCUGCCCCCUGGCAAAGAAGCCACACCCCUUCAAGGCAUGAGACCACAUCCUUCAGAGAGCACGCUGUGUGCUAAAGCUAAUGCACUAUGAGAAAAGUAUUAUUUAUAUAAAUAAAAUUAUACAGAAUGCAGGAGGAGUGAUGGGGUAUCCACGUUUGACUGAGAUGAUGAAGGCCUUUUACCACUGCUUUUGUUCUUUUCUUCAUUUCUCACCUCUUUUUUUUAAUCACACUUCAUUUCUGAUUUGUUUUGUUUUUGUUUCGUGUGGUUGUUGUCAUGUCGUUAUAACGUUUCGUGUUUUCAUUAUUUUGCUCGUGUUUGAAUCUGAAAGCUGCUACUGAUUCUGAAUUCUGAAAGAGUCAUUCUCGUCUCAGUGGCUCCCGUGUUCCCGCUCAGCCUGAGAAGUUCCAAAAAAUACAUACUGAAGCCAAAAUUUGUCUGAAUUUGUUGCAAAAAAUAUAUAAACACUAAAGCAAUGUUCUCUUAAACUGCAACGACAGCCUGUGCUUUAACAGGCUAACUUCAGGCAUCUUUGGCGAGUCUCUUUAUUUAAGUUUAAAGCUUUGAAGAUGUUGAUGUAGAGCUCAAUAUCUGCUGUGCACUGCGCACUGGAUCCCUCUAACAGCUGCAUCCAGCUGCAUGCAUUUGUGCACGUACAAAACACAAAUCAGUGCGCGUGAGUACGGCCAUGCAUGUGAUUAUUGUGCAGUGCCUGGGUCGCUCAUCUUCACGUUAUGUUUUAUUAGCUUUUCCUCCCUGUUAAAUGAUGCACAAAAUAUAUAGUAAAUUCUCUUGAGAGAAUGAGAGCUAAACGCAGAGCUACCCACCCAUUUCUUUCUCUUAACAACAGAACCCAAACCGUUCCCAAUCGCAUCGCAUACGCCACACUCAUUUUAUGUGGUACACAUUUAGUUGUGAAAAUACAACCCAUUUAGUUCUGGAACAGAAAGUGAUGAAGGGUUGUGUAAUACCAGGUGCACUUGCAUCAAUAUCCACUGUUUAUUUCUAAUAUCAUUCCAAAUUUCGGCACCUUUUUCUCAUUUUCUCCCUGCAAGUUGUAGAAUAAUAGUGGCUACUGGAAUCACACUCAAAAACAGACCAGUUCUGAGCACUGAGCAUGUAUUAUUAUACAUAUUUGAGAAUAUUCAUAUAUAUAUAUAUUUCCACACAUUUAUUUAUACUACAUGCUGCAUACUCAAACACUAGUCAGUAUUAGUUAUUGGUGCGCAUCUGGGCCGCAUCCUCAGUGUUUGUAUGAGCCAGCCAUUUCAGUUUUAUUUAGUUUUAUUGAUCACCACAGUAUAGAUUUCGCUCGCAAUUUCUUAAUGCGCAUUCAAGAACAUUCCAGGACUACAUCAGGUGCGUCAGACGCUAAAAUGGUGUGUAUUAAACACAUGUGAACCUGAGAGAGCUGUAAGAGGGCCUGUCAUCUGCUUCUUUAUAUUUUAUACUGGUUUGGUUUAAAGGGGUAUUCAUUAAAAAUAUUUUUAUAAAAAGGAGGCGUAACUAAAGGCCACUCAAAAUUACAGGACUUUUUUUUCCCCCAAACAAUUCAGAAAACUGACGACCAUCAUCAUUGAGCGUUACAGCGCCUCUCAUUACAGAGAGAUUGAAAGUUAGAAAGUGCUGGAGGUUUGUAAUUCUGUAGUUUUGUAAUGGUGCAUUUCAGUAUGGUAAUGAAGUGUAUGCCUCAGGAAGUUCACCACUGUCCUGCACUAAUAUCAACAUGGACGUAUUGCAUAAAAUGUCUUUCAGAAGCAAAAAAAAUACAUAUAACCCCAAAUUUAAACUUUCCAAACCUUCAAUACCCUCCAGAAAGAGCGCAGUGAGGUUUGACCAAAGCUGGUGUGUUUUUAUAUCCUGGCAGGGAGCGUUUCGAUUGAUGACCAACGAUGGUCCGUGUUGAAGCGUAUUAAUGUUCGUCUUACAGUCACGGGCAGAUCGUACAAAGGGAAAGUUGUGUGUCCUUUGUUUUGAGUUUCACUACAGUGUGUAUUUGUUUAGUUUUUGUUUUGUCGUAUUUGUUUUCCCUCAUUACAUCACUGUUUAGAAAGCCUACCUAUGCCUUCAUUGUGUUCACUUUACAGUACAUUAAUAGUAGAGAAGCUGUUAGUGAUGAUGACAGUGACCUAAGGGUCUUUACGUUUAUUUUUUCUUUUGUUUUUUGGGGGAAGGAGUGGUUUUCCACUUCUCCUCAUGUGUCACUCAUGUGUUUUCUGUUCACUGUGUUAUUUGUACAGCAUCAGAUACCUGAACUAUGAAAGAAUCUGAUUUUUACCGAUGUUGUGAACGUGUUGUCAAGAAGUGCAGGCAGACGUGUCCUGCGAUGUCGGGCGAACAUGUGAAAAGUGAGCGUAAAGUCAGCAAAAACUUACAAAAGGGGUUGUAUUUCUGUUUGUUCAGUUAAAUGUUGUAAUUUCAGGUGUUUUGUUAACCAGUUCAGUCUUGGAUUUCCUGGGAAGGUGUACGUCUUGCCAUUUCCCUUCCAAUGUCAUGUUUUUUUCUAAAGAGAGACCUGAAUGAGAUGUUUCUUAUAUUUUGUAUCUAUGAAUGGAUAAAAUGAUCAGUACAGUAUAUAUAAAUAUAUAUAAAUAUGAAUAUAUGUAUUUAAGAACCUUU